AGUCUAUCUAUUGGUAGAGUCACUUCUGCAUGUUAAUUUCAGUAUCUGAUUUGAUAUCCUUUUGAGCUCAUGUUGGUCUAGAAUGUAUUUGGGUUGGUCAUGGGAGGAGAACAUCCUCCCUUGCAGACACGCUUUAUGGGGUGAUACUUUUGAUUUACAGAAGUUACUGCCUUGGGAGUGUUCCAGCUACUAAAUGGUGCACUGGAAAAGCAGGGUUGUGAAAGGCAGUAAAUCAGCAUCACCUGGAAACUUGCAGGCAGUGUUGAGAUGAGCAAGAUACAAAGUUUUGGUCAAUAACUGUUGGUUAUGGAGUUCAGCAUGCACUGUUGUCAUGUCAGUCGUACUGCUUAUCACUGAUUUUCCCACAUAUAGUUGAGUACAAGCCAACUAUAUUACAAGUCCAGAGGUGGACAAUCUUCCUUUUAUUUCCACCCCUGUUGUUCCAGUGGUGACACACAGUGGGACAGGACAGCAGGGUAAGGAGCUGUUACUUCCACAGUCACUGCAGUGGUGCAGAUUGAAAUGAUCAAGCUGAAAUCAGAGUGAAGCUACGGUUCAGAAUCACUUCUGCCAUGCAGCAGUCUGUCUCUGAUGUGGCAGCUAAUGAAAGCUAAUUAGGAAAUGAUGAUUGGGUGAAAGAAAUGCACUGGUGUUUCAGUGAGCAGUGCUUGAAAACAAAUGUUACUGUUUUUCUGCUCAUUAGUCAGCCUUGAAACUGGAAUUACUUAAUGUGUGUGGAUAUAGUAUUUCUGCUGUCACCUUUCAGAGCUUCAUGGCUACAGCUUAUUUUAUUAUAGCGCAUCUGCCAGCAAGGCUUAGUAAGAUAUAGGAAGUAAAUCUCAUUACUGAAAUAAAGUAAGUUCUUUGCAAGUCUCAGCAUCUUUGUCUUCCAUUCUUUUCCUGUAGUUUUCCUAUUACUUUCAUUCCAGUCAGCUGUUCCUUUCCUGUCUACUACUUUUUCCCUGUGGUGUUUGAUAUAUAGUAGUUCUAUCUGCAGCUCAUUCUCUGGUUAGGGAGUAUUUUCCCAAAUAUCUGUUAAAUAAAUUGAUUGAGUCGAGGCUCUUAGGGAGCUUUUUAACCAAUUUUAAUCCAUGUUUUGUUUGAGCCCUUAAAAAACUUUGUUUUUUUUUCCUUAACUGUAAAGCAGCAACUGCUUUCUUACUGAUUUUUCCAGGCUGAAAUGGAAUAUUGUGCUUGCUGGAAAACGAACACUCUCUUCUUCAGAUGUGGUGGGGUACUCCCAAAAUGUUACCUCUCAGCUUCGUAGAGGCAGAAGAAAAACAGUCAGACCUCCAGAUCUACCACAGUGUUUGUUUGUUUUCAAGAGUCUAUAUUUGCAGGUUCCUGGCACUGUGAUUAUAGUAAUCUUAGUGGAGGGAAGGGUCUGUUUUAGGCUUUGGCUUUCAAAUGGUCUGAACUAUCAGGGCAGAAUAAGCGCUGUGUAUUGAAAGGGUGCUUCAGGAUCACUGGAGACACACACAUUGGAUUUGCAACAGUGGUGCUACCUCUCAGAAUGUGUUGUACCCUGUGCCAUAGAUAGCAAAGGCACUGGGCAGGUAUGAGAAGGAGAGGUGGGCUGCUGGGUGGGUUGGUGCUGAGCAACUCCUGUGUUCUCUGUCAGGGUCAGUGUCAUCCAGAGCCUGGAGUGUGUUGCCAGAAAGCAUGCUGCAGAAUGUGGUGGGUUUCCUUUGAGGCUUUUGUUACGAUUCUGAGUUACAACUAGUGUUUUCUGCCUGUGUUUUUAAUAGUAGGCUACAUUAUGGCUGAAUGCUGCUUGGCCCAAGGCUGUGGUGAAAGGAAGAUUGAUAGUUUGCUGGAGCAAGGUUAAGUCAUGUUUUCUGAUACUCAAAGAACAAUCAGCACUGCAAUUCCAUGAAUCACAGAACCACAAGAAGCACAGCUGCCCUCCCUACUUCAGCUUCCCUUCUUUACUGUAACCUUCCUGGGACCUUUGGCUUCUUCCCUACUGAGUGCACAGCAGGGGACCCACUGUGGGAUUUGGGGGAGGAAGUAUUUUGCUGAUCAGGGGAGCAAUGGCCUUAAGCUUGUAUGUAUUUCACUUCUUCAGUAAGUUCAAAGUGCUCCUGCUUGUCACUUUGUGUUUGAUGGUGCUAUGGGCUGCGUUCAGUUACUUUGUGGAUUCUGGACAGACAAUUCCUAAACUUAAGAGUGUGGGGGAGCAUUUUGGAAAAAUCAUCAGCCUGGAAGAGGAAGAGGACAGUCAGAAGGAAGAAAAGAUGAAGUUAACUGAAGAAGUUCCUGCAACAAAGCCACCUCAGGGUCCCUGUCCAGCUCUGUCUCCAUACCUGCGAGGUGCCAGCAAACUGACCUUCAGUCCAUCUCUCACACUAGAAGAAGUACAAAAGGAGAACCCUCAGGUGGCCGAGGGCCGAUAUCACCCUGCAGAGUGUUCAGCAUUGCAGCGUGUGGCCAUCCUCAUCCCACACCGUAACCGUGAGAGGCAUCUGUUGUACCUCCUGGAGCACCUGCACCCAUUCCUGCAGAGGCAGCAGCUGGAAUAUGGCAUCUACGUUAUCCACCAGGCUGGCAGCACCAAAUUUAAUCGAGCUAAACUGCUGAAUGUGGGAUACUUAGAAGCUCUAAAAGAAGAGAACUGGGACUGUUUCAUUUUCCAUGAUGUGGAUCUGGUGCCAGAGAAUGACUUCAAUAUUUACAUGUGUGACAGACAACCAAAGCACCUUGUAGUUGGCCGGAACAGUACUGGAUACAGGUUACGUUACCAGGGAUAUUUUGGAGGUGUAACAGCUCUAACAAGAGACCAGUUUUCCAAGGUGAAUGGAUUCUCUAACAACUAUUGGGGUUGGGGUGGAGAAGAUGACGACCUUCGAAUCAGGGUUGAGAUGCAGAAGAUGCGAGUGAUGAGGCCAUCUGCUGAUGUAGCCAGGUACACUAUGAUCUUCCACAACCGUGACCAUGGCAAUGAGGAGAACAGAGAGAGGAUGAAGCUUCUGCGCCAGGUAUCUAGAACAUGGAAAACGGAUGGGUUGAAUUCCUGUUCCUAUAGACUUCUGUCAGUGGAACAUAACCCUUUAUACAUCAACAUUACAGUAGAUUUCAGCAUGCAGUCAAAGAUCUCAAAGGGGUGAGCACCACACAGGUUUUAGGAAGUGGCAGCAGAUAUUGUUUGUGGUUGGUGGUACAGCAGAUGACUUGCAGCACACUUGAAGCUUGAAGGAGUACUCCAGCAGCACAGAAGGAUGUUUUUCUGCAUAGCAUCUAAUUGGUCACCAGAGAAGCUCAUCUUCUGAGGAUUGGAGAGGUGGAACUGACCCAUGGGCAGGUCCUGGUGUUCUUCUAUGCACUUUCUGCUGAGAUGUAAGCUUCCUUGUUUGGGCUGGUCCAGUAGAAGGACUUAAAUAUUUUUUUUCAGGAGACUUAAAGCUAUUCCUAAACUUCCAGUUUGAAGUAGGGAGGUGACACUACCAAGACUUUAAAAGGAGGAGGCCAGUCUUUUCCCCUUAAAAGCACAAGAAUUUUUUACCAUCUAUAAACUUGUUGAGAAAAGCUCAUUUAUUCCAGCCUAAAGAAAAACUGCUUUUGGGGUAGAAACAGCAAUAAUGAAAAUAGGGGAGAAAUGUUAAAGAUCCCUCAAUAAAAUAUAAUCUGCUUAAUUCAAAA